UUGGAGUCAGGAGGGAUGUGGUUUUGAUGAGGGCUGGGGGUACCAAAGAAGAGGUUAGGCAGGAAUGGGUGAGGUUCCGUGUUCUCCAAGGCGCGAGCUGGCAGUGAAGGAAUUCGCUAAACCCAAAGGCUAUGGUAAAAAUCUUUCUUUUUAAAGAGACAUCAAGAGAGACUUUCUUGGCGGCCAUAUAUUCUCUUUUUAUUUUAUUUUAUUUUAUUUUUUUCUUUUAAAAUUUUUUUGACCAUAUCAUUCUCAAGAGAGAAGUGAUCUGCAAAGAGACAUUUUCUAAAGACCCAUUUUACAUGAAUCUAAGAAUUCUCCAGCUAGUGGGACAUCCUGUCAGACUUCCUCCAAGCGCUUAUCUUGCUCCAGAGAAUGCAAGACCAUUUGCGUUUGUAUAUCAAAGGAGUCAUUUUCUGAAGACCCAUUUUAUGCGUGAGUCUAAGAGAAUCCAGUCUCGGAGGAUGGAAGACCAUUUGGACAGGACUUGGGAAAGGACAGAAACUCAAAGAAAACACUAAACUACGAAUGAUUUUUGCAGGACCAUAACUUUCAAGAGAAAGGGCUACAAUCUCAAGAUUCUGCACAUUAACCAGAAAAGGACAAUUGAAAAAAAAAUGACUUCUGGACUCCUGAGUUCCUCAUCCCAGAAAUUACUGACAUUCCAAGAUGUUGCUGUGGAAUUCACCCAGGAGGAAUGGAGCUAUUUGGAUCCUGGCAGAAGGACAUGUACAGAGAUGUGAUGCUAGAGAACUAUGAGAACCUUCUAUUUUUGGGGUUUUCAGUAACUAAACCAAUUGUGAUUUCUCGGCUGGAGAGACAUGAAGCCCCCUGGCUUUCAAGGGAAGAAGACCCCAGAUGCAUUUCUGAGGAUUUCCAUGUUGAGAAGAGAGAACAUGAAACCAAGGAGACAACUCCAAAACAAUGUAUUCCUACCAGACAGACAUCCAGAAAGAAACUCAUAAAGGAUGAUUUCUGCAGUUCUAAAUUGGGAGUGGCUUGGAAUUAUGACACUGAAUUAGAAAGGCAGAUAAGCAACCUGGAAAGACAGUCCAUGAAGCUAAUAGUUAAACAUAGAAAAACUCACAAGUUCAGUGUUCCAUAUUUUUUUCAAUUUGGAAGAAAACUCAGUUUCAAUUCAGUACUUCUUCCACAACAGGGAGUUUCUAUAAACAACAAUUUUUAUAAACAUGAUAGAACUGGAAAGCAAUUCAAAUGCUUUUCAGACUUAAUUAAAUGUAGCAGAAUUUCCAUGGUGAAGAACUGUUGUAAAUUUAAUAAAUAUGGGAAGUUUUCCAGUUACAACUCAAACCUUAAUCAUUUUCACAGAGUGUGUUCUCCAGGAGAACCUCAUAGAAUUAAUGAUUGCAACAAAACCUUCCAUAUCAAUUCAUGGCUUACUGUACAUGGAGGAAUUCAUGGUGAAGAGAAAUCUCAUAAACUUGGUGAAUAUGGUAAGGCUUCCAGCUACAAUUCGUAUCUUGCUGUUCAUCAGAAAAAUCUGGAAGAAAAGCCUGUAAAACAGUGUAAUAAAGGUAGGAAAACUUUUAGCCAGAGGGGAAAUCUUUGGCAACAUAGGAAAAGUACUACUACAGAAAAACUAUAUGAAUGUAAUGAAUGUGGGAAAGCCUUCAGCCUUAAGGGAUCCUUCACUAGACACCAGAAAAUCCAUACUGAAGUGAAACCCUAUAAAUGUAAAGAAUGUGAAAAAGCCUUCAGGUACAAGGAAUAUCUUCAUAUACAUGAAAGAAUUCAUACUGGAGAGAAACCCUAUAAAUGUAAAGAAUGUGGAAAAGCCUUCAGGAACAAGGGAUACUUUAAUAGACAUGAAAAAAUUCAUACUGGAGAGAAACCCUAUAAAUGUAAUGAAUGUGGAAGAGCCUUCAGCCUUAAGGAAGUCUUUAAUAGACACAAAAAAAUCCAUACUGCAAUGAAACUCUAUAAAUGUAAAGAAUGUGGAAAAGCCUUCAGGUUCAAGGAAUAUCUUGAUAGACAUGAAAAAAUUCAUACUGGAGUGAAACCCUAUAAAUGUAAAGAAUGUGGGAAAGCCUUCAGGUACAAGGAAUAUCUUCAUAGACAUGAGAAAAUUCAUACGGGAGAGAAACCCUAUAAAUGUAAAGAAUGUGGAAAAGCCUUCAGAUACAAGGAAUAUCUUCAUAGACAUGAGAAAAUUCAUACUGGAGAGAAACCCUAUAAAUGUAAAGAAUGUGGAAAAGCCUUCAGGGAUAAGGGUUAUGUUAAUAGACAUGAGAAAAUUCAUACGGGAGAGAAACCUUAUAAAUGUAAUGAAUGUGGAAAAGCCUUCUUAUGUAAGGGAACCCUAGAUGUACAUGAGGCAAUUCAUUCUGGAGUGAAGCCUUAUAAAUGUAAUGAAUGUGGAAAAGCAUUCCGUCUUAAGAGAAUCCUUAAUUCACAUAAGAGAAUUCAUACUGGAGAAAGACCUUAUAAAUGUAACGAAUGUGGAAAAGCCUUCAGUUUUAAGGGAAACUUUUAUUCACAUAAGAGAACUCAUACUGGAAUGAAACCCUAUAAAUGUAUCGAAUGUGGAAAAGCCUUCAGCCGGAAGUAUCACCUUGAAAGGCAUAAUAAAACUCAUACUGGAGAGAAACCAUAUAAAUGUAGUGAAUGUAGAAGAGGCUUCAAUUGUGAAAGAACCCUAAAUGAGCAUGCAGUAAUUCAUACUGGUCCAAAGCCCUAUAAAUGUAAUGAAUGCGGAAAAGCAUUCAGGAAGAAGGGAGGCCUUAAUUCGCAUCAGAGAAUCCAUACUGGAGAGAAGCCUUAUAAAUGUAAUGAAUGUGGAAAAGCAUUCAGGCAGAAGGGAGGCCUUAAUUCACAUCAGAGAAUUCAUACUGGAGAGAAGCCUUAUAAAUGUAAUGAAUGUGGAAAAGCUUUCUUCGAUAAGAAAACCCUAGAUGUACAUGAAGCUGUUCAUUCUGGAGUGAAGCCUUAUAAAUGUAAUGAAUGUGGAAAAGCCUUUAUGCAGAAGGAAGGACUUAAUUUACAUAAGAGAAUUCAUGCUGGAGAGAAACCGUAUAAAUGUAAAGAAUGUGGAAAAGCCUUCAGCGACAAGGGAUAUGUUAAAAAACAUGAGAGAAUACAUACUGGAGAGAAACCUUAUAAAUGUAAUGAAUGUGGAAAAGUCUUCAAGUCUAGGAUAUACCUGAAUAGACAUACAAAAACUCAUACUGAUGUAAAUAGUAUAUGUUAUGAAAAUGGAAAAGCUUAAGUAGCAUAGAAAUUUUAAAAGACAAAUUCAUACUGGAGGGAAAGCCUUUGAAUGUACUGAUGUUGAAGCAGACUAUAGUCAAAAUCCAAACUUGAAAUCUAAUGAAAUUGAGAAAAUUUUCUUGUGCUCAAAUCUUAAGAAACAUCAGAUAAUUCAUACUGUGAGAAAUCUAAAUGUAAAGAAUGUAAGAAGGCUUUUCAACCAACAGGAAUGCUUAACAGAUCCAGUAGAACCCAUAUUGGACAGGAACUUUUUUCAAAACUUUUUAUUUGAAAAUAUUUUCAUGGGCUCAAGCAAAUAUAACAGAUUAGGCAGUCAUAUUGGCUGAGCAAUUGGAUUUGGGGGAACACAGUCUUUUAAAACCAGGGUACUUGGAGGAGUUGGUGGGCAGGAUCUACCCAGUAGAGUGAGAUAGUUGACCUUUUUGGGCAAAGUUUGUUUAAAGAUGCUUACUAGACAAUCUCAGAGGUUGGGCAUAUUAUGGAUUACAAAGCCAAGUAAACUCCAGCUUCCCAUCAUUCUGUGUAAACAAGACAGGAUUUUUUUUUUUUUUUCAUUUUCCUGAUAAUGGAGACCAAAUGAACUCAAAAUUCACAUCAUAAAUACUAGCCAUUUUUAUUAUUUCAGUCUCUGUCUCAAUGUUUUUCUCUUCCUUCUCACAAAUAUUUCUUAUUCCUUGAUUUGUGCCCCUCUCCCUAAAUCACUUUCUUAUUCUUUUGGGUUUAUCCCGUACUUACUUCUCUUGAAUGAUUUAUAUCUGCCCCCAGUAGAAUGUGAACUUCCUGAAGGCAGAACCUGUCUCAUUUUCAUAUUUGUGCUGUUAGCACCAAGGAUAGUUCUUGCCAUAUAAUAUUUAAUAAAUACAUACUGGUGUUUUGAUUUUUUUUUUUUUAACUCUAGGCUGUAUUUAUAGCCUGCAACUGCUGCUUUUGAGUCUCAUCUUCCUAAUGUAACUACUAUUAUACUUUGUCAUUCCAGUGAGCUCUGAUAAUACAAAAAGCACAAAACCUCAUUGUUGGAAGGGACUUGAGCAUAUGUCCUAUUUAUAACUAACUUACAAUUAAUCAUCAUUAGCUUUAAAGCUCUGUUAUGUUUUGUCCAUUUCUGAUUGUUUAUGACAUUGUUUGGAGUUUUCUUUGCAAAAAUAUUAGGCUUAUCUUUCUCCAGCUUAUUUAAAAAGGAGAAAACAGGCAAGCUGGUUCAAAUGACUUGCCUAAGUUCACAUAGCUACUUGGUAUCUGAGGCUAGAGUUGAGCUCAUGAAGAUGAUUUCAAGGCCAGUGUUCUAUCCAUUGUAACAUCUAGCUUCCUCAAAGGUGUUGAUGAGGUUUAAGUUUUGGGGUUCCCUUUUAUCAGGGAAUCAAAUGAUGAGGUCUAGAUUUAGGGAACCAAAAUGGGAUUAGGGUUCCUGGUGGUCGGGGAGUUAAAUGAUAAGGUCUAGUGGCAGGUUUGAGAUUCAGAGAACCAAAUGGAGAAGUUUGGCUCCCUUGCACCUCCUUGGGAUUUGGUGCAAGGGUAGGGAGUUUGGGGGACUCCCUUUUGGCAGCACAAGGUUCUCUGUAAAGGAAUUUAUAAAGCCGAAAACCUAGAUUGACAAAAGAGGUUAUUAUUGGCAUUGGGAGGUCAGCCUUUACUAUGCAAGAAUGGAAAGACUGAAUUCUUCAAUGGAGUUCUGAUAGAGAGGCAUAGAGAAAUCCUGACAGAAAUGCAAAAAGUCUCAUUAGGGACAUAGGUGAGGAUAAAGAGAGGGUAAUGCUUGAAGAGAAUAUUAUUCCAGUGGACUUCCUUGGCAUAGCAUGGCAUGGCAUGUCAGGUCUUUUGCAAAGAAAUGAAUUUUUAAUUGCUAUUUUUAUAAGGAAAUCUUUGGCUACAUUCCAAGCCUGCUCCAUGGGAACUGGACUAGUGGGUGCAGUCCCAAGUUGGCUCUUUUUAUCUACAAUCUGGAUUUCAGCUUGAGCUGGAAUUGGAAUUGAAUGAGUCUCUUUAAUUCAAUAAGGUUGGAAUUCUUUAGUUUGGGACUGAACCAACUGCACCUAGAUAAACCACUUUAUCUGAUUCCCUGGGGUGGUCUCUCAUUGAGGCAGUGUUGAAGGAGAUUUUCUUUUUCAAGGAGUUUUAAAGUUUUGGGGUCCCUUCUUCAAUGUGUAGUGGGAAGAGCAAUCUGAGCCACUUAUUAUAUUUCUGGAGAGCUCAGAUUUCACAAGAUGUUAUUCCUUGAAGUAAAGUUUUUUUAUAAUUUCCACCUGGUUCUGGGACUCCUUAUUCUUCCUUCUGGAAAUAAGCAGAACAAUGGUGACUUCUUCCUUUACAUGAUAGACCUUCAAGGACCAUCCUAUUCUCCUUUGAUCCAAGAUUUUCUGUAGAUUAACGCCGCACGGCUUCAUUGAACCAGUUCCCGUGUGAUGUCAGCUAAAGGAAUUCCUCAUGCUCCUGUCCCUGCCUGAAUACUGUGAGAUUAAGUACAAACUGCUUGGCUUGCAAAGAAUUUCACAAUCUUGAACCAACCCAGCUCCUCGGGCUUGUUGAUCAUUAUUUUCCUUUGUGAGCUUCAUAUCCAGAGAGAAUGGCCUUCUUCAUGUUCUCACAUAGGACAUUCUAUCAUGUAUCUCCAGAUCACUGAGCACAAUGCUUGAAAUGCAUUCACGGUUGCCUUCAAGGGUCUAUGUCCCAAGUCAGGGAAAUUGGAGAAUCCCCUGAUAAAGCCUUUGGAUAUGGGUAAGGACCCAGUAAAUUCUGGAUCUUAUGUGUUAAGAAAUCAAAAAUGAAAACUUCAGAUCUUUCUACACCAGAGAGCUGAGUAAAAACAAAAAUCACUUUCAAAGAACUUUAGAGAAAAAACUAGAAUCGUCAGCCCAAACACAGAAUAGCCACAUCAAAGAAAACUCUUUGAAGCAUCCAGAAUGAUGCAAUUCAAAGACCAAGGAACCAGUCAAAUUUACACAAGGACUUGCAGCUUCUAUUAAUAACCAGAGAUUAGAAUACGAUAUGCCAAAAAGCAAAAGACCAGGACCUUCAACCAAUAAUAGUUUAAAAAACUGGACAUAAUCCUAUGGUGACAAAAUUGACCCUAAAGGACUUUGAGCAUUUUUGAUGAAUAGACUAGAGAUGAGUAGGAAAUUUGAACUACCCAACCAAGAAUCCACAGGACUUAGAAAGUCCAAUUUAUUUGAGCAAUAAGACAGGUAGUGCUAAUAUUGUAAUGGGAGAGAAGAAACAGUGGGAGAGGAGAUCCUGCAAAUCUAAAGAAUAAUGGAGUUAAGAACAGUGUUUUUUGAAAGUGGAUUGAUUCCAUUCUUUAGUUUUUAAAAGAAUGUGCUAGUGUAGAAAGAAGGAAGAAGGGGGCAGAACUGGCAUAUGUGAGAAGAAUACACAAAGAAGGAGAAAGUAGUGAAGGAAUGAGAAUCCAGGGAACCACACAUUUAUCUGUAAUGGGAAAAGGAGAGUUGAUCACAUUUUCAUUGAAACUUUAAUAUAGAAAAAUAUCGAACUCAAUAGGAAAACAAUGUGUAAGAGUCAAUAGUAAGUGAAGACAAUAUCCUCCUAACAUUGUGAUUUUGUUGAGUUGUUUCUAAGUUUUGAUGACAAAAUUGAGGUUUUUCUGGCAACAAUAUUGGAAUGUUUUGCCAUUUCCUUCUCCAAUUCAUUUGGUAAAUGAGGUGUAUUGGGAAAGUAAAUUGCUCAAAACCACA